AUGGCAGACAGCAUGUGUGGCCCGUCCAACGGCGCAAAGAACCUUCUGGCACACGUCGAUCGCGAUCGCACGCUUCAUCAAGACCGUCUCGUCAAUGGCGCCCAGGCUGGUCCUGGCUCUGUAAGUCGCGCUUCGCAUACUCACCCGUCCGCUCGCUCGCCCGACCUCGUCCGGUCUGGAGGCCAUGGAUUGCUGACUCUUCUUCUGCUGUUUGUUUUCCAGACUUUCCGUUCGCAGGGCCCCAUCUCCCAUGGCUCUGACGCGGCCUUUGCCAACUUCCAGCAGGGGAUCGCUCCCAUGGAGCCCGCUAUGCUUCCCGCCAUGGAUAUGAAUGCGCUUCAUCACACGGCUUCUGUUCGGCCUGUCGGUCCUGCUGGCAUCGCUCACCAUGGUCCCAGCACCCCCGCUGCCCGGCUUUCUCAGCCCGCUACCGGCGGCGCUUCGCACCAGGACUGGGUCGGCCAGUUCCACAAUAUGAACCUCUCUGCUCCCACCGUUGCAGGCCCGAGCACUGCUAUGCCGGCCCCUGCUACCGCAGCUCCCCUUGCCCAGACUAUGGCUAUGCCUCCUACCAUGGCUACGCCUUUCGGCAUGCCUAUGUUCUCUCCUGCCCCCGAUUUCGCUUUCCAACAGCAGGCUCCGGCUGUCCAGGAUCCGAUUGAGGCAGCACUUAUGAACGACGAUGCUUUCGCCCGCGCCUUCGAGGAGUAUGAGCAAGUUGCCAAGGAGGACGACGAGCUCGCCAAGGCCCUGGCCGAGGAGAAACAGAAGAUUGCUAAUGCCGAGUUUAUCGAGGCCCAGGACCAGUGGAUGGCCGAGCAUGGUCCCCGCGCCGAGCAGGCUCGCAGCGGCGCCAAGACAGGCCCCCCUACCGCCGACGAGAUGGAGGUCAUCGAUCACAACCUGGAGGAGCUGGCUCGCGAGCAGGAAGAGAAGCGCCGCAACGACGAGGAGUUGGCUCGCGCCGCCAACGAGAUCGUGGCGUCUGUCGCCGGUAACCAAUCCGAGAAGUUCAAGAAGUCCAAGUUCUUCGAGCUCAUGCGCCGCAUUGCCGCCCACGAAGUUGUUGUCCAGGGCGACAACUUUGUCGAGACCGCUACUGGCGAGACUGUCAACAACGAGUACCCUUACGAGGAGAACGAACCCGAGGAGUACCGCGAGGGUACCAGCGGCGCCAACGGUGCGGCUCGUCCUCAGGCUUGA